CUGAUCAGGGAAAGGUGGGAGCCGAUUAACUUUCAAACACCCGUGUAGAAAUUUGAAAAGAAAAAACAACGGAUAAAAAGAGGCGAAUCCAAUCCCGGGCGUUAAGUUUGCAUAAAUAUUCAAAAUCUCCGUUCCAAUUAUACUCCUCUGUCUCCUCUACCCUCGCUCUCUACAACUAUACAUUCAUACAUAAUAAUUGCCCCAAAACUACAUACCUUGAUUUCAUCGUCAUUUCUGUUGUAACUAAUGGCAGCAGUCAAAGAAUCAAAUCCACUUCUUGAAGAAACCACUUGUGGUUCUUUGCUGCAGCAAUUGCAGCAUAUCUGGGAUGAGGUUGGUGAAAGUGAUGAGGACAGGGAUAAGAUGCUUCUUCAGUUAGAGCAAGAGUGCUUGGAUGUGUAUAAAAGAAAGGUUGACUUAGCUGCAAAGUCAAGGGCAAAGCUACUUCAGGCAUUGGCAAAUGCUAGAGUUGAGCUAACAACUCUUUUAGCAGCUCUUGGUGAUAAAACUUUUGUUGGAAUUCCUGAUAAGAGCUCAGGAACAAUCAAGGAACAACUUUCAGCUGUAGCACCAGCCCUAGAACAACUAUGCAAACAGAAAGAUAAGAGAAUCAAAGAGUUCUCCAAAAUACAGUCUCAAAUACAAACAAUAUAUGGUGAAAUCGCUGGUACUGCUGAGCAAGUAGGUAACCCUGCAGUCGAUGAAUCUGAUUUAUCACUAACGAAAUUAGAAGAAUUACGUGCUCAGCUUCAAGAACUGCAAAACGAAAAGAGUGAGAGGUUGAAAAAAGUCCUUGAGUUUGUGAGCACUGUUCAUGAUCUUUGUGCUGUCCUCGGAAUAGACUUUUCUAGUACUGUGACUGAAGUCCAUCCAAGCCUUAAUGAUUCCAGUGGUGUGCAAUCUAAAAGCAUUAGCAAUGACACUUUAUCUCGGCUAGCUACGACUGUCUUGGCCCUGCAAGAGGAUAAGCAACAAAGGUUGCAUAAGUUGCAAAAAUUAGCAACUGAGCUAAUAGAUCUUUGGAAUUUGAUGGAUACCUCCGAGGAAGAGAGACGCUUGUUUAAUCAUGUUACAUGCAACAUAUCAGCUUCUGUUAGUGAGGUCACUGAUCCUGGAGCUCUUUCUCUGGAUUUGGUUGAACAGGCCGAAGUGGAAGUUGAAAGGCUUGAUCAACUAAAAGCUAGCAGGAUGAAGGAAAUUGCUAUGAAGAGGCAAGCUGAACUUGAAGAUAUAUUUGCUCGUGCCCAUGUAGAGAUUGAUGCUGAGGCCGCUCGUGGGAAAAUAUUGGCCUUGAUUGAUUCUGGGAAUGUUGAGCCUUCGCAGUUACUGGCUGACAUGGAUAAUAAGAUUGUAAAAGCAAAAGAGGUGGCUCUUAGCAGAAAAGACAUACUGGAUAAGGUGGAGAAAUGGAUGUCAGCUUGUGAAGAAGAGAGUUGGCUUGAAGACUACAUGAAGGAUGACAACAGGUAUAAUGCGAGUAGAGGUGCACACUUAAAUCUCAAGCGUGCUGAAAAAGCUAGGAUAUUAGUCAACAAAAUUCCAGCACUUGUCGAUGCAUUGGUUGCCAAAACACGUGCUUGGGAAGAAGAACAGGGGUUACCAUUCAGUUAUGAUGGUGUUUCUUUACUUGCAAUGCUCGAUGAAUAUGCAAUGCUCAGGCAUGACAGAGAAGAAGAGAAAAGAAGGAUGAGGGAUCAGAAGAAGUUCCAUGAACAGCUGAAUACAGAACAGGAAGCAAUGUUUGGUUCAAAGCCUAGCCCAGCACGGCCAAUGAGCUCCAAGAAGGUGGUGGGCCCACGUGGAAAUGGAACACCUGGAAGAAGAUUGUCUCUUGCCCAUCAUAAUGGGUCAAGGUCUGUAAAUAAAGAUGGGAGGAGGGACAUGAGGCCGGUUGCCCCCGUGAAUUAUGUUGCUCUACCGAAAGAGGAUGCUGUAUCGUACGUAUCUGCUUCUGAGCCUCGUCCGAGUACACCAUAAUAGUCGAGGAAAUGUGAUAAAUAGGUCUAUAUGGUAUAUCAGUUGUUAUGGCUAGUUUGGUAGUUGCUAGCUAGUGGUAAUACAUAGUUGAACAGCUAGUGACUAAUAGUAAAGAAACAGGGCGCUGGUAGCUUCUACUGUUGAAGUAUAACAUGAAAAUAUUGGUAGGCUUAUCGAUUCUGAAAUGUAAACAUUAGGAUGAGAUCUUUAUACUUGGCAAGUGCCGUACUGUUGAUGCUGAAUGCAUAUCUGUUGAAGUUGCUCGACUCUA